AUGUUGGAUGACACACCAUGUCUUCCGGACAUUGAACAAGUAAUCAAUCGUUAUUUUCCUGAAUUAAAGAAUAAAUUUUCAAUGUUGUUAACAUAUCAUCCAACAAUCGACUGUGAACAUGGUCGUUAUUUAUUAUUAAAUAAUGCAUCAGGGUCUCAUGUUUUUCAUGAUUGGGUUGCAGAACAUAGUGGUGAUGAAACAAAUGUAGAUAGAGAAAAAUAUUGGCAGUUUUUUGAUUGGGAAAUACCUUAUUCAGCUUAUCAUGCAUGUCCACAAAACUCAUCUGUUAAACGAAAUAUAUUUCGAUAUGAUUUAAUAGCAAAUCAAACAUUCGAUCAACAUCAUAACGGCAAACAACCGUUUACAAUUAAAUCUUAUUUCAAAACAAGAUUCGAUCAAUUCAUAGCUACUCUUCAGAACAAUAGUAGCAGUUCGAAUAAUAAUAUUAAUAAUAAUAUUGGUUUUACAUUUUAUUCUAGUCGAACUUUUACUAUAAUAUCAUCACUAAUGGAAGUAGGUGUCGUUUUUGAAAUUCGAUGGUGGUGUCAGCAUCGUAAAUUAUACAAUAAACAUACUGGUGUUUGGUCAGGUGUUUCUAUUUUGUCUAAUUAUCUGCCAACUGAUUAUUUUCAAUAUAUUGCACCAAGUACGAUCCUUACUAAUAAUAGUAUUGCUAUUUCUGAAACAGAUAAGAAUAUCAAUAUUGAUGUUUUUAAAUCUAUUCAAUGUGCACCCAUUUAUGCACGCGAUGUUUUCUUGAUUGGAGUACAUAUACGUCAUGGUGAUGUUGUAAAACGAGAUAAUCAAAGCCGUAUAAUAUCGGGUGAUCUAUAUCGUUACAUGUCAAAUUCAGCUUAUACACCACUACUAAUUUAUAUUAUCAAUGCAUUACCUACUCAGAUACGAAACAAGUAUUUGAUCACAAUUUAUAGUGAGGGCGUAAUAAAUGAUUUUCAUGAUAUACUCAUUAGUUUAAAAAAAGCUUUUCCCGAAUCACGUUGUCGAAUCUCAUUUUUCUUAAAUGGUCGAACAUCUGAAACUUUUAAUCGUUUCCUACGCGAUGAUAUUUUAAUUGGUUCAUUAAGCACAUUUAGUAUGGCUGCUGGUAUAUUUAAUAGUCGACAAUUAAAGCUAGGGCCAAAGCAUAAUCGAGCAAGAGUGCAUGGAAUGAGAAAUCAUUUAAGUUUAGAUUUAGACGUAAAUCAUACGAAUUUUAAAAUUACAGCAGAAAAACAACAACUAAUCAAACAAAGAAUACACUAUGUAUGGAACCAAAAGCAAGCACAACAAAAGACUGCGAUUCCAUUAUGGUUAGAUAAUUAUUCAUCAGAUUAUCCCGAAGCAUACAUGUUGAUUUAG